AUCUAGCACAACUACUUGAUCACCACAUCCAUUUUUGUUUGCACUACUCUACUCUCUCAAAAAUGGGCAUCAAAGGGAAAUUGGAAGUUGAAGUUGAUAUUAAAUGUCAUGGUGAUAUUUUUCAUGAAAUUUUUAGCAAAAGGCCUCACCAUGUCGCCGAUAUGUCUCCCUCAAAUAUCCAUGCGUGUGAGGUUCACGACGGUGAAUUUGGCAAGCCUGGCUCUAUCAUUAACUGGAACUAUACUCUCGAUGGAAAAAAAUGUGUAGCAAAGGAGUUAGUGGAAGUAGUCGACGAAGAGAACAAGCUAGUGAGAUUCAAAAUCAUCGAAGGAGAUCUUCUAAAGGAGUUUAAGUCCUUCACUCUUACAGUCCAAGUGAUUCCAAUGGGUGACAUAACCGGAGUGAAAUGGACUGCCGAGUUUGAGACAAUUGAUGAUAAAGGACACUAUCCUACCAAGUUAAUCGAUUUUUGCAUUGCAGUGUCUAGAGAUAUCGAGGCUCAUCACCUUAAAGAUGACAAGUGAUCGACUAGCUCGAUCAGCUCCUACGUUGGAAGUAUUGAUCGAUGGCCUAGGGAGGAAAUAACAACGUAUAUAUAAUAUAUAGCCGUGUGUUGUAUGUUAUCGUUGUUGUAUACAAUAAAAUAUUUACAUGGUUGUGUGAAAUGUACCGGUACAAUAUGAUGUGCUACAUACAAAGCUGGCAUCUAUCUAGCUAAGAUCCUUUGUUGUUUUAUCUUUUGUUGGGAUUACUUUGGUUGUUGUUGUUGUGGUUGUUGUUUCCAUUUAUGUUACAAUAUCGUGUGCUACGUUACAAUGUUGUUGUUGUUGUUUCUAUUUAUGUUACAAUAUGGAGUGCUACAAUUUAUGAAUA